AAAGGCGGGACAAUGUGCCGGGUUCUGGACGUCUUUCUGGCUCUGCUGAGCCGUUUCCUGUUCGCAGUGCAUGGCGUCGUGACGGUGUGGCGUGUUGUGGUGGUGAAGGGAGAGCCCUGCUAUUGGCUGCUGCUCACGGGUGUGGCAUUGCUGGGUGUCGAGAUGGCUGUUACUAUGAAAUGCACCCACAAUGCAGAGUGGAAAUGGUUCUCUCCUAUGGUCUUCCUUUAUCUCAGUACUGUGAUUCCAUCCAUUUGGUUCCUGGAGCUGAACCAGCUACAGUUCAAGCUGCCAAUCAACUCAUCUUCACCUGAUCUUCUUCUCUUGUCUCAUAUUCCCAUAGCAGCAGGCUUAGCAGAUUUGGAACCGGAGAACUGGGUGGCUGGUUUGGAGCAGACCAUGCUUAUUGUACUGGUAUUAGGACGCUGGCUUAUGCCUAAAGGUGACAUGUCACGUGACCAGCUCUCACAACUCCUGAUGGUCUACGUGGGUUUGGGUGCAGACAUCCUGGACAUCUUUGACACUUUUAAGGAGCCUGAAGUGAAAACCAACCAUGCUGUAAUUAUUGUGGGGCUGAGCCUCUUCUCUUGGGCUUUAAUGCAAUUCCCUUUGGUUCUGACACAAACAAAUCCCCCUAAACCCCAAACAAACAUCCACAAUAAACAAACCAGCCCUGAGUUACUACCCUGCCCUUACACCUCCUGCUGCUCCAGUGAGAUCUGGAGCCUUCUUCUUACUGUCGGGCUCCAGGAUGGUCCAUUUCUCGUCUACCGCCUCUAUCUGAUGCUCAGAGAAAACGUUCUAAACCAGCUGAUGAUCUUCUUCACGUGUAAGAACAUCCUCAUUGUCAUGCUGGAGCUGUACAGGAUUGGUGUGGUACACUUUGAGCUUCACAGGCCUGGGGGGAGAGAAAGAUCACCUGAUGAACCUCAAAGACAGACAGAAAGAGCUGAAGGUGAACGAUUUGAAGUUUUCGUGUCUAGCCGCCAAGGCGUGAAUGAAAGUAUUGAUGAAAGUUGAAAUUUUUGAUGUAGAGUUCGAGUUAAGUUUAGGUGAAAAUCAGCUAGUACUGUGAGUAAACAGAUUCUCAACAGUCACUUGAAAGGCAUGGAAAGUUUCAGCUUGUCUUAUACCAAAUUGCUUAAAAUCAAGAUAUAAAGGGGUUAUGUGUUCAUAGACAUUCAUAGAGACAUUUCAGCUUUCCACAUCAUGUCGCAUGUUCAGUCAUUCAUCUCCAGGAACCGUGUUACCUUGGUCAGGACAGAGGUCAAUCCAGAGGC